AUGAUGGGUGUCCUGGGUGCUCUUGUAGUUCCCCCGUACGUCGGCUCAUACAUCGGUAUUAUGAGGCAAUUCAAUAUUGAGCUGUACAUCAAGGCCUGUGCUAAGGUUAAGGCCACGGUCCUUAAAAUGGUCCCCACCAUUAUGGCCGACUUCGUCCAACAUCCUCUCACCCAGGAUGUGGAUCUGACCAGUGUUGACACCCUAUUAUCUGCCGGUGCCACUCUGAAACCUGAAGUUGUUGCAAAACUGCAAAAGUUACUCCGCGGCGUUAAUAUCAUCCAGGGCUACGGAAUGAGUGAGGCUGGUGUUUCCACGCUUCCAGCGCAUAAGUCGGUCGAAAAGAAAGGAAGUAUAUCUUCGCCUGACAACAAUGGCACUGCUAGCCAGAUCCGAAUCGUGGAUGAAAAUCUGCAGGAUGUCCAGCCAGGCCAAUCCGGAGAACUUCUACUUCGAAGUCCAACUGUAUUCAUGGGUUAUAAAAACAACAAAAAGGAUACCGAGGAAUCCUUCCACGAUGGCUGGCUGCGGACCGGUGAUGUGCUAUCUAUCGACUCCGAUGGCUUCCUGUGGUUUUCUGAACGGAAAAAGGAGAUGAUAAAAGUGAAAGGGAAUCAAGUAGCACCAUCAGAGCUGGAGGGAAUUCUCGGGUCUCACGAUCUGGUCCUUGGAGCAGCGGUCUGUGGUUACUUUGACGAUACUCGACAGACGGAGCGACCUAUUGGUUAUGUGGUUCUUUCUCCAUCCGUCGCCCCGAACGAGCGUGACAGGGUGCUGGAUGAGAUUCGGACAUGGGUUGAUGGACAAGUAGCACCCUACAAGCGGCUUCGUGGUGGCUUGCACUCCAUCGGUGCGCUCCCAAAGAAUCCUACUGGGAAGCUCAUGCGCAGCCAGCUCCCCAUCAAGUUGGCCGAAAAGCGCAAGGCACGAAUUUGA